GUCCUGGAAACCACUGUAUCCUGGCAGAGGGAGAAACGACCUUGCAAAAUUACAAGACUGCUGCAUCAAACAUUUAUCCUGUGCCGAAGAACUGCCCACAGCGAUUACUCGGUGUUGGUUCUCUAGCUGCGUACAUUUAGUACGAUUACAUGUCAUGUUCGACCUUUUUCUGCCGAUAUGACGUCAGGAAAGAAUCGCUUUAACCCAACGGUGACGGUCGACGAAUAUCUCGCUGAGAGUAACGUGUUGUUCUACCUGAGUGAUGCACUGAUCCAGUUGCUGGAACAUAAAGAGGAAUACACCAAUUUUGGCAUUAUCCGCUACUUCGCUGAAUAUUUCAGCAGCGUAAAGAAUAGCAACCACGUCCUCUUCAGAGAGUUUAACUACAUCAAAGCCACUCCCCAUAACAGAGCCUCAUUCAUCAGAGUCUUCUGGAGAUGCUACCGACAGAUUGGCAAGAGUGGAGAUCUGCUGUCGAUUUUGGAAUACAGCUCCCUGCUCCAGUUGCUAUGUCCAGACUUCCCAGUGGAGAUCGUAAAGAGUGCAGCCAGAAUUGUUUUGAUGGAUGAUGGUACAGACUGCUUGAUGUCUUUCUCUGACUUCCUUUACGCCUUCCAGCUGCAAUUCUACUACCAAGAAUUCCUGGAUAGUGUGCUGCUGAUCUACCAGGAUCUGUUAGCUGGGAAGAGUCCGAACACCGUCAUUGUCCCCACAUCAGCUUCUGUCGAACAGCUUCCUUGCUUGGCCACAGAGGAAAAUAAAAAGGAGCAAGAUACAGCGGUGGAGGCAUCCACUCUGGCUGAGUGUAUAGAUCCACUCAUUGACCGCAUUAAAAACAGUCAUCCUCCCAGGUCCUGUUUACAAGAAGCCCUAGAAGAGAAUGGCAAGGUGUCAUACUACAGCUUACUGAUGAGUCUGGCUAAACAUGAAACUAUAAACCAAACUAUUGGAGCCUUACCCAGUAAGACAGAAGUACUGAAUGAUCCAGAGAUGGACCAGGAACUGGACAAACUCAUCGCCCAGAUCUCAGUCAGCCCCAGCAGCAACAGCAGUGGCAGUGCAGUGGGGAUGGUGAAGGAGGUGCAAAGAAAGGCCUCCCCCAGAAGGAACAUCCACCACAGGAGGAAGAUGGAGGUUGAGAGUGAUGGCUCUACAGAGGAGACUGACUCGUCUGAAAACUGACCUUUCACCUUCCAUCAUGGUUCUGUUAUGAUACACGACAAACUUUCUUGCCUGCGUAAACUCACACCAGUUAGUUUCAUUCCUAUGUAGCGUGGUGGCAUGCAAAUACUGGAACCUCUAAUUUAAGAAAGAAGUAUGACAAGAAGAGCUCACUGAACAAAUGUGUAUUGUUAAGCUUGUUUUACAGCAGUGACGAAAAGGUUUUAUCCUCUCAUCUGCUGUCCUUUAACUAUACACUGAAUUACAUCAUGCCAUUUAUUUAUUUUGGGGUAUUGGACUGAUCAAGCUAUUAAAGAUGUAACUGUGAGACUGGUUUCGACUGAGAUUUGUCAUACCCAUACAACUGACUACAGUAUUGACAUGUGUAAAGGCUAAAGUACUCACACUCUCUCAGUCAAAGUACAGAUACUUGUGUCCCCCAAAAAAUACUUGUAAAAGUAUAAGUACUGAUUCAACUCCUGACGCAACCCAUCCAUUCGCUAUCUGACCUUGAGACCGGCAGGUCAUGGGGGUACCGACGCAGAAUCAAACCCACACAAAUCAAAAGGCAGCAACAUGUAUCACUACCUGCAUAAUUCAAAUAAUGUCCUAAAAAGUAAAGACUCAAAACUCAAAUAUACUAAAGGAAAACUUUUUUUUUUGCUGUCAAUUAAAAACUGUCCAAUACCCUUUUGAUAACGUGGCAUAAAGAAGAAAAAAAAACUACACACAAAAUAGCCGGUUUGUUCUUUUUAAGCGUUGGCUCAACUUGUAUGGCUCCACACGCAGCAUCAGCACUUGGGCGCCCCAAGGUUGUGUCCUCUCUCCGCUGCUCUUCUCUCUGUACACGAACAACUGCACCUCA